AAAUUGUGUUUCUGACUUGGAGUCUCUCACUGAUUUUGCUUUCAAACCAGUACAGCCCAUGAUCCAGCCAGUCCAGAUCCCUCUGCAGAGCCUUCCUGCCUUCCAGCAGAUCAACUCUUAUCACCCACUUAUUGUUAUCCAAGAAUUUACUGAGGGUACACUCGACUCUCUCAUAGAGAUCAACAGUAAUGCUAUUAAACGGGAGAGCACCUUACACUCAUCCCUGGGGAACACCACUGGAGACCAGCUGCCAGCUGUAUGCAGCACCAUUCACCACCCCUUCCAGGGCCCGGCCACCCAGCCAGCUCUAAACCCAGCGAAGGAUUGUGAAAAAUGCAUGUGUGAUUUGUGUUUUGAGACAAUAGUAAAAGUAAAACCACGAGAAUGUUGUGUGAUGAGUGAAGUAAGUGCUUGGGAUGAUUAUAAAAAUCAAUUUUAAGAAAGUCAAAUAAGGCGUGGAACAAAAGAUAAAUUGUAAUUAUGCUUUCUUAAGAGAAAUGCUUGCUUGAGGAAGACGAUGAGCCUUCAUCCAAAAGGCCACCGAAAGAGGGCAAACGAUGCCCUAGCAACAGCCAAUGCCUGCGCAGAAGGCAACCAUCGAUGUGGAAGCAAGGAAACGAAAGAAGGCGGGGAUACCGGGAAAUCGAAACUCAGACUGAAUAAAAAAGUGGAAAUAAUGCUGAGCAGCCUGAGCUGGAGCGGUGACUCCACGGCGCACCCAGCGCUGUUUGCUUGCUGCUUUUCCUAUUGAUAAAUAAUCAUUGGAGAGAUCAUAAUUUAUAACAGGCUACAUCUGUCCAAGCCGUAGGCUGCCAGAUUCUCCAGGAGACUACUGAGGAAAGCGGGGAAGGCUCUGUGCAAGCCCGGGCAGAGAGCCUCUCCGGGAGAACGCUCUGUGCAGCCCGGGCAGACAGCCUCUCCGGGAGAUCACCGAGGAGCGCGGGGAAGGCUCAGUGCAGCCCGGGCAUACAAUACAGCCUCUCCGGGAGAUCACCGAGGAGCGCGGGGAAGGCUCAGUACAGCCCGGGCAUACAAUACAGCCUCUCCGGGAGAUCACCGAGGAGCGCGGGGAAGGCUCAGUGCAGCCCGGGCAUACAAUACAGCCUCUCCGGGAGAUCGCCGAGGAGCGCGGGGAAGGCUCAGUGCAGCCCGGGCAGACAGCAUCUCCGGGAGAUCGCCGAGGAGCGCGGGGAAGGCUCAGUGCAGCCCGGGCUGCCAGCACCGCCCGGCGCUCUCCGCCGCGGCUCCCGGGAGCGGGAAGCGGAAGGGACAGCGCCGGGGCGGAGCGGGUCGGAGCGGGUCGGAGCGGAGUGCGGCCGGGGCGAUGUCCUGGUUCUUGGUGGAGGCUGCCUGGUCUCUGCUGGCCACCGCCUGGUCCCUGCUGGCCGCUGUCUGGUCGCUGCUGCUUGCCGUCUGGUCCCUGGUGGCCACGGCCUGGUCCCUGCUGGUCACCGCCUGGUCCCUGCUGGCCGCGACCUGGUCGGUGCUGGCCACGGCGUGGUCGCUGCUGGCCUCCGCCUUCCUGGGGGCGCUGGCGCUGCUGCAGCGGGGCCCUGAGACGCGGCGCGGCGGCGCCGACCUGGAGAUCGCCGACCUGCUCCAGGACCUCCUGCGCUACGGGAAGACGAAGCGCAGGACCGAGCGGCUGCCGGCCUGGCUGCAGGUGCCCAAGAGGUGGUUUACUCACUUUUAUGUGGUUUCUGUGCUCUGGAAUGGUUUUCUGCUGAUCUGUCUUUUCCGAGCUGAGUUCCUUGGAGAGUCACUCCCAUCAUGGAUUCAGAACAUGCACCAUGCUCUUGGCAGAGAUUCUCAGAGGAAGGACACAGAUCGAGAGCACUUCUCUGCGCUCCUGGUUCUCUUGCUCCUUUGGCUGCAUAGCUGUCGAAGACUUGCAGAAUGCCUCUGGACCAGUGUGUUUUCCAGUGGUGUCAUUCAUAUCGUGCAGUAUUGCUUUGGACUUGGUUACUACAUUGCUGUUGGUACAACUGUGCUGUGUCAAGUGCCUACUAAUGGCAGGAAUGGAAAAAAGCUUUCUGUGCAGAUCUGCUGGUAUCACAUUAUAGGAGUUAUGAUGUACAUUUGGGCCUCUCUUCACCAGCACAGAUGCCUUGCAAUUCUAGCUAAUCUUAGGAAAAGCAGAUCAGGAAAGGUCGUAAGUCUGAGCCACAGUGUUCCUUUUGGAGACUGGUUCGAGAGCGUUUCUUGCCCUCAUUAUUUUGCAGAGCUCCUCAUAUAUAUUUCUAUGGCCAUCACACUUGGAAUUCACAAUGUCACAUGGUGGUGUGUAGUGAUGUAUGUUCUUUUUAACCAGGCACUGGCUGCUGUUUUGUGUCAUGAGUUUUAUCAGAAAAACUUCAGCUCCUACCCAAAGCAUCGAAAAGCAUUUAUACCACUCAUUUUUUAGAGAAGUUUUUCUGAAGUAUCUUCAUGCAAACUGGGAAUAUAAGAGAUUAUUGGUUUAUUAAAAACAAGGUAAGGUUGCACAUUUUCUCUAAUUCUAACUCAAAGCCUCCUAAUUUUAAUUAUAAUUUCUUCUAUGUUACCAAUUUGUGAGGAAAUGUAAGGUCUCUGCAUAUCAUGCAGGCUAAAAAAGGUUUACUGAAGACCUUAAUUCAAAGUGGAGAGAUGCUAAUUGUGUCUUUUCUCUUUUAUAAUUAUAUCUUGUGCAUAAAACACUUGCAGCAAGUCCAAAUUCAUAUAUGUGAAGGCUAUUGAAAGGAGGGAAUCAUUUGAACUACUGAAUUUCAUGCCUUGACUAAUAUUUAAGCAUAUUUAUUUCCAAGUCUGUUUCCUUUGAAUCACUUCAGAGAGAGGCAAACUGUGCAUCUUUCUGUGCUUUCCUGGUGACGAUGAAAACCAGCCACUGCUUUACAAUUGUAAGCACAAAAAGUGAUGGAGAAAGCUGCGGUGGAGGAGUGACUCAUGCUCAGCAGUGGAGAUAAACAGACCCACUCGCUGCAUUAUCUCUUCUGCACCAAAGUGUUUUUGUUCAUUGAUGAGGACUGGGAAAACUGUGGAAGGUUCUCUGACUAAAAAGACAGUAGAAGAAAAUUAGCAGAACAUUCAUGUUCUUUGUUGUGGUUCUAUUGUCUUUAUAGUGGGUUAUUGGAGUCCCUCUGUGUUAGAGGGGACAGAUGAGCAAGAUGACCAUGACCACGAGUACACUGGUUUUUGAACAGGUAUAAUGAACUGCCAAGGCAGAGCACACACAGAAAACAGUACCUGACAAGCAUUGAAAAGAAAUUCUUUACUUGAGAAAAGAUGAUGUCACUCAGCUCAGGCACUUUUUUUGCACUUAACUAUUGAAUAUUUGAGUAUUUCUCAUUAUACUUGUGUAAAUGAUCAGUUUAUGUGAUAUUGAUGAUUGAGAGAGAGACAGGGACUACUGAUUUGUGAUCAGAAUCUGAAUUUUACUGUGAGCUACAUGUGCUUAUAUACCAUUACUAGCCUUCAGGAAGGGUAGUAAUUUUUUACUACAUUCAUUGGGUUAAACAUCACACAGAUAAACUUCACAUUUCUACUUAGCUAAAUCUUCUUUCCUGUCAGCCAGUCUUGAUCCAGUCUUCUUGUAAUCUUCAAAGCUCUGUUUGCUCUUGCCAAGGCAUCUUGAUUAUCAAACUGCAUAUGCUAAUUAAAUCUACAGUGCUAUCAGUCUCAGUUACCACAGUGUGAUGAAGUUACAUAGGUACUGGUGUUUCAGCAUGUUGUCUACUUACAUGCAUGUAUUAUUUUGUAUAUAAGAAAUUUUUUUAUAUACUGUAUAAUUCAUAUCUUAUUAAUUGCCUAAUUAAAAGCUUGUUACACUGUU